AUGGGGACUGAAGUACUAAACCUCCAGAGCUUCUAUGAAAAGCUGAGGACACAGGUUGACCUUCUCAAUGAGAAUAUAGAACCCAAUUUCAUUCAGAUGGCACAAAACUUUGAAGACUGCCGUCGAAAGUGGCUGAGGACUGAGCAAGAGCUGGGAUCUUGCAAGGAGAAGCUCACGAAAGCGGAGAUGGAGAGGGGAGCCUUGGAUGUCAAACUGAAACAUGCUCGCAACCAAGUAGAUGUGGAGAUCAGGCGCAGACAGAAGGCUGAAGCUGACUAUGAGACACUGGAACGUCAAAUUCAGCUGAUCCGGGACCUCUUGACCAGUGAAGGAUCCAGUAACAGCAUCCAGCUGAGCGCAGAACAGCGUUCUGCUUUGGCCUUCCUUAGCGCAAACACUCAGGGGGCAACCAACGUGAAUACCAGUCGAAGACUGAUGACAAUUGAUGAGUCUGCCUCCAUCUUGUCAGAUAUCAGCUAUGACAAAACGGAUGACUCUCUUGACUGGGACUCCUCCAAUGUGCGGACCGUGAAACUCAAAAAACGAGAAAAAAGGCGCUCCUCAAGAUAUGCUGACGGUCCUCCAGCUCCUUCUAAAAGAUCUCGAUCAACCGGCAGAACUUCAGAAAAGGGAAAUGAGACCCUCGUGACAAAGACAACAGUGACUGUUCCUACGAAUGGAGGACCUGUUGAGGCCGUUUCCACUAUUGAAACGAUUCCUUACUGGACUCGCAGCAGGAGAAAGACUGGUACAGUUUCUCUUAUAAACAGCCAUCAGAGCAUUAAUGAUCGUUCAUUAGAGGGACAGACGAAAGCUGGGGCCAGCACUCCACAGAGCAAAGGGGGUGUUCGUCUGCACGAGUUCGUCUCCAAAACUGUAAUUAAGCCUGAAUCGUGUGUGCCAUGUGGAAAGAGGAUAAAGUUUGGCAAGAUUUCACUGAAAUGUCGUGACUGUAAGGUGGUCUCUCACCCUGAAUGUCGUGAACGGUGCCCUCUGCCGUGCAUCCCCAACCUGGGUGGAACCCCUGUCAGGAUCGGGGAGGGUGUCCUUGCAGACUACGUCCCAGACACAUCCCCGAUGAUCCCCCCCCUCGUGGUCCACUGUGUGAACGAGAUUGAACAAAGAGGUCUGCACGAGGCCGGUUUGUACCGUCUGUCCGGUGCUGAUCGCACAGUCAAGGAGCUGAAGGAGAAGUUCCUCCGCAGUAAAACUGUUCCCGUGCUCAGCAAAGUAGACGAUAUCCACGCAAUCACCGGCCUCCUCAAGGACUUCUUGAGGAACCUGAAGGAGCCUCUUCUCACGUUCCACCUGAACCGGGCCUUCAUGGAGGCAGCAGAGGUUUCAGAUGAGGACAACAGCAAGGCUCUGAUGUACCAAACCAUCAGCGACUUGCCGCCGCCCAACAGGGACACGCUGGCCUUCUUAGUGCUACACCUGAAGAGAGUUGCUGACAGUUUGGACACCAAGAUGGACAUCAGUAACUUGGCCCGGGUGUUCGGUCCAACUAUCGUCGGUCAUGCAGUUCCAAACCCAGAGCCCAUGACGAUCCUGCAGGACACCAAACGACAACCUUUGGUGGUGGCAGGUCUGCUGGCUCUGCCGGUGGCAUUCUGGGACCAGUACGUGAGGGCGGAGAACUUGGACCAUUUGAUCAUCGAGAAUGCAAACUGCUACGCCACCCCUGAGAGAAGUAAUGUUGCAGUGACUUUACUGGGACCUCUGACUACUCCCGAGUUAAACAAGACCCCUUCCUCCAGCUCCCUGUCUCAGCGCAUGAAGUCCACUCUGACACCGAGGUUUGGAAGCAAGAGCAAGUCAGCUGUGGGAUUUGCUCAUCAAGGAAAGUUCUUUUCUUCACCACUCCUGAAAUAA